UCCUCCCAAAAGUUCUCUGAAGAUAGCAAAGGUUGCAGCCAGAGACACAAACACCCCGGACACUCCGUUCCCAGACUUCAGAGCAUGGGCUUGGCCCGUGCUGUCCCUGUGGAUCCCAGCCAUGAGGCAGGGCAGGGCUGGAGGUGACACAGACACCCAGGAGAUGCUGGGACAGAGAAUUGCUCCCUGUGUGGUAUCCACAGAAAAAUCCUACAGUGGACACCAGGAUCACCAUGUCUGACUCUCCUGCCUCCGGUGUUGGGUCUGUCCCAGUGGCAGAAGAUGGACAGGCUGAGAGCAGGGAGGGAGCUGUCACUGUGUGUGAAGGCUCCAAAGGAGAACGGCUGCCUGGAGGGAAGCCCAGAGCAAUGGCAAGGUGGCAAUGGGAUCCGCUGUGGAACAGGAGUGACAGCAGGAGUGAUUUGGCUGUUGGGUUCUGAGCCCAAUGUUCUACUUGAAGUAUAAAAACCCUGGACAAUCAGCAGCUGAUUUUCCCCCAGCCAGAUUUCCCCCAUCCUUCCACCUCCCUGCGUUUACAUCCCAGGUUUCCUCUCUGUAUUGGCUUUGUAUGGCACCGUUUUGGUAGUGGGGGCUACAGGGAAGCAGAGAUCCACCUGCAGCCCAUGGAAGAGCCCACGCUGGAGCAGAGGCAUGCCCGAAGGAGGCUGUGGCCCCACAGGGAGCCUGUGCUGGAGCAGAGUCCUGGCAGGACAUGUGGAGAGAGUGGAGCUGCCUGUUCCUGACCCUGUGGAAGGGACCCACGCUGGGGCAGUGCAUGAAGAGCUCCUUGGAGAAGGAGGACUUCUCCUGUGGGAGGAACCCCAGGCUGUAGCAGGGGCGGAGUGUGAGGCAUCCUCCUCUUGAGGAAGAAGGAGCAGCAGAGACAGCAGCCCCCAUUCCCCAUCCCGCUGUCGGGAAGGAGGCGGAGGAAGCCAGGAGCGAUUCCGAGCCGGGGACGAAGAGCGGAGCGGAGGGACGGCUGCCGGCCAUUUCCUUGCACCCCCUCGCUGCCCCGCGGUGAGUGGAUGGGUGACAAACGCCGCUAGCUCGGAGCCCAGCCCGUGCCGGUCCGCAGGGACCCCUCGGCCCGGCGGCGCUCAGGGCGCAGCCGCGCCCGCAUCACGUGGGCGGCGGGGCCGCGGCUGCUCGGGAUCGGCUCCGGAGCCUGCGGGAGCCGGUCCGCUUCUGGCUCCUCCGGGCUCGGCUCCGCCGGAGCCUCCGCUUCUGAUCCCUCCUGGCUCGGCUGCGGCUCCUCCGGGCACGGAUCCGCCGGAGACUCCGGUUCGGGUCCCUUCGGGCACUGCUCCCGCUCCGGCUCCUCCGGGCACGGCUCCCGCUCCGGCUGCGGCUUCUCCGAGCGCGUCUCCGCUUCUCGCUCCGGCUUCUCCUCCGGACACAGCUCCGGCUUCUCCCGCGGGCUCCCGGUGCGGCUGCCCCGGCCAUGGGGGCUCUGGCGGGCGCGCCUCCGCCGUGAGCAGCAUCAGCAGCAGCGGGACCCAGCGAUGUUGCGGGGCCAGGUCAGUUUUGAGGAAGAGAGCCAGAAUCCACCCGCUGUGGGACACUGGAAGCCCCUGAUGCCAUCCAAAGGCAACAAGGAGGAGGCAGAGAGUGGAUGCCAGGAUGCUGGAGGUGUGCACGAACCCCAGUCCACGGAGCAGCUCAACGUGUCCCGGCUGCGCAGCUCCUCGGUGGAGAUCCGGGAAAAGGGCUCGGAGUUCCUGAGGGAUGAGCUGCACAAAGCACAGAAGGAGCUGAAGCUCAAGGACAAAGAAUGUGAGAGAUUGUCAAAAGUCAGGGAACAGCUGGAACAGGAGCUGGAGGAGUUAACAGCCAGCCUGUUUGAGGAAGCCCACAAGAUGGUGAGAGAAGCCAACACCAAACAGGCUGCGGCAGAGAAACAGCUCAGGGAGGCCCGGGGCAAGAUUGACAUGCUGCAGGCAGAGGUGACAGCCCUGAAGACGCUGGUGAUCACAUCCACGCCAUCCUCCCCGAACCGGGAGCUGCACCCUCAGCUGCAGAGCCCUUCCAAAGCUGGCUUCAGGAAGGGCCACGGGCGCAACAAGAGCACCAGCAGUGCCAUGGUGUCAGCUGCCAGCCAGAACGUGGCUCCAGAGCCCGUCAGCCGGGAGUGCAGAGAGGUCGACUCCAUUUUAUUUGCCGAGUUCCAGGCCUGGAAGGAAUCUCCAACUUUGGACAAAUCCUGCUCCUUCCUGGACAGAAUUUACCGAGAAGAUGUAGGACCUUGUCUGGACUUCACCAAGCAGGAGCUGUCGGAGCUGGUGCGAGAGGCAGUGGAGCAGAACACCCUCACCAUCGAGCCAGUGGCUUCCCAGGCUGUCCCUGUGGGGAAGGUGGCAGCAGAAGAGUGUGGUGGCCCCAAGAAAUGUGCUCUGAGUGGCCUCCCCAGGACCUGCAAGCACCGGAUCAUGCUGGGGGAUUCUGGGAAUUACUACUACAUUUCCCCUUCCUGCAGGGCCAGGAUCACAGCAGUGUGCAACUUCUUCACCUACAUCCGCUACAUCCAGCAAGGCCUGGUGAGGCAGGAUGUGGAGCUGAUGUACUGGGAGGUCAUGCGGCUCCGGAGGGAGAUGUCUCUGGCCAAACUUGGAUUUUAUCCCAGCGAGAUGUAAGCAGAGCCCUGGGUGUGGAGGAAACUGUUCCUGGAGGAAGGGCUUGGAGUGCAGUGCCUGUCCUGCUCCCUCCCUCCCUCCCUUCCCUGUGCCUGGAGCAAGGAACAAGAGGCACAAGUUUCACCUUCAGCUGUCCCACUCCUCCAAGUGUGACUGGAAUGCAGCUGCCACGCUGCCCCUGGAGCUGGGCUGGCCCUGGCUGCUCCAGGAUGGCCAUCCAUGGACUCUGGAGUCUCCUAUAUGCAGUGUAUAUCCAUAUUUUUUAACCUUUUGUUUUUAUAUGCAGCCUGCUUUGGCAUAACCCGAGGCCAGGCCUGUGCAGGGUGGGAAUUCUGGACCUUCCUUGUGAGCCAGUCUGUCAGGACAGAUGCUGGCUGUCUGUUCCACUCGUUUUUUUGGGAUGGAGGGGGUGCUGUCCCUGAGGUCCUGCUGACCACAACAGCCCUGAAAAUGCCAGCAGAGCACAAUAAUCUUGAACAGUUUGUUUCCAAGUACUUCCUUGUUCCUUUUCAAGGAGCCUGCGAGAGAAGCUUGUUGCCAGCGGAGUCACAAAGAGGGAUUUGUUCCUGUUUUUAGCUGGAUGUUUGGCACUGGGUUGUGCAGGCUGGGGAAUGGCUGGAGCUGUGCACCUGGGGCCUUCAGCAGAAGAAAGGGAGCAGAGAAAUUCCCUAGCUCCCAGCAAGCUGCAGGAUUUUUUCCCCUGGACUAGGGAAUCUGCUGGAGUUGUCAGAGGCAGAUGCAGUGACAGUCCCUGGUGUGAAGUCCCCCAUGAUGCUCCUAAACACAAACCUCUCUGACAAACAAGUCUUGGAGCUGUUCCUGCUCUUGAGGGAGCUUUGGGCAGUCCUGUUCUCACUCUUCAGGCAGAACCCUUGCCCCAGGUUGGGUUCUUUGUGUCUCCAGGAGGAGCAUGCCCAGGCUGAGCAGUCCCAAGGCCCAGAGAUUCCUUCCCAGUGUUACACCAGACCUAGAGAUGCCUGUCCACUGGGAAUCACAACUUUUCCUGGGCUGCCAUUCCCUGGUGAGGGAAUCUGAGACCUCUUUGUGUGCAAUGAGGAAUGUGGCUGAGGUUCCUGCCUGCCCUACAAUGUGCUGUGAGGGAGAAAUGUCACUGGAGCUGUAGGAAUGCACAGGCCUGACUCAUCCUGAGCCCAGACCCAGGUUGAUUAAAGCCAUGACAGUAUUUUGUAGCCUUUUUUCUGUGACUCUGGAAUCAGCUCAGCCAUCACCCACUCUGGGGUUUCCAUUUCUGACAGGGUUGUCACCCUGUCCCCCUGCCACCCUCAGCUCCAUAAUUCCAUCCUCUCCUGAAGGACAUUACAGGAGGAACUCAAUUUUCUUCCACUGAGCUGCUGGAUUUUGUCUAGGGGAGAGAGAAAUAACACAGCUUUGGUUUCCCCAGCUGUGGAUUUCAGCUCAGGUGAAUUCCACCCCUGGAAUUUCUCCCUGCAUCUCUUCCCCCAUCCUUUCUAAUCUCUCCAUGUCUUCCUGUGCCGUGAGCUGCUACACUGCACAAACGUUGCAGCACUGGGAAUGAGAUGAUCUCACUGGCUAGGAGAUGUUUUGGUUUGUGGGAUAUUUUUUCCCCCUUGGUGUCACAUUGAAAAGCACUUUGAGACAGAAGGAACUGAAGCAAUGCCUUGUCUGAGGUUGUCUUGCAUUUCAAAGCAGGGAACAAUUUGUGAAGGAAAAUGAAGUCACUCCCUUUGCAGCGGGAUGGUUGCACCCUGCUCUUUCAUAAAGGAAAAUAAACAUUUGCUAUUAACCUC